AUGGCGCCUAAGAAGGAGAACGCCAAAAAGGCUGCGGGAAAUGCAAGAAAAGCUGAGGCCGCAGCAGCUAAACAAUCCGCCGCAGACCAGAAGAAGGCAGCCGAAGAAGACAAAGAAUGGCAAAAAGGUGCAAAGUCUAGUGCUAAGAAGGAAUCCGCCGAAGCAAAGAAGGCAGAAGCAGCUCGCAAAAAGGCCGAGCGUGACGCUCAACUAGCAGAAGAAGAAAAAUCUCAGCCCAACAAACCCAAAGGAAAUGCCAAAACAGCCCAGAAGAAAUCUCGAGGAACACUUGAUCUCGGACAACUAGAUGCAGACCCAACAUCCAGCAAAAAGGGCGCAACUUUGAACGCAAGUGGUAUUGAUAAUGCACUUGAUGCAUUAUCCCUAGGCUCCAAAGAUGCCCUGAAGGUUGAUCGACAUCCCGAGCGAAGAUAUAAGGCUGCCUACGCUGCAUAUGAGGAGAGGAGAUUGCCUGAGAUUGAGCAGGAACAGCCCGGCCUCAGAAGACAGCAAAGGAUUGCCCUUAUAAAGAAGGAGUUUGAGAAGAGCGAGGAUAACCCAUUCAACCAGGUUAAUGUUGCCUUUGAUGCCACGAAGGAGGAAGUAAUUGCGGCCAGAGAAGCGGAGAAGGCAAAGAUCGAGAGCCGUUUGACGGGGAGAUAA